AUGUCGAAAAAAGUCUAUCCGCCAAUGAAAGAGGACAUUCCAUUUAUUAAAUGUGGUGUUUGCCAGAAAAGUUUGAGAUACCUGUUUAGAAAAGUUAAAUCUAUGUGCGAGGACAGUAAAAAGGUUGGUGAAGAAAAGCUACAGGUGUUAGUUGAGAAGACAUGUAACCCAGAGAGAUUUGAAGGAGAAUGGCUGACCAAAUUAGAUAUAGAAGAAAAAAAUAAUGCUUUGAUAUUAUCUGAGCACGAGGAGUUGGGAUCAUGUCAGUCUGAGUGUCGAACUAUAGCUAAAGCAUGUGAUGAGACUAUUGGUGAAACUGACUUGGAUAUUGCUGAAGAAUUGUGA